AUGAUUGAGAGGUCGCUGGCUCGCCUGACACUGCCUGGACCAGGAGCAGUGAUCUGUCUGGACUUUUCUGUGCAUGAGCAGCCAAUGGAGAAAGAGAAGGUGGUUGAUAAUAUCCAAGCGAAAUCUAGUUCCCCGUUACCUACUGGGAUUCCCAUUAACUGGGGGCUCAUCACUGGCCCUGUUCCUGAACCUGUGUUUCCAGCAAGCACCCAGCUUCCUCCGCCUCAGAGUUCUGCAGUGCACGCACUACAGACCAAGGUGAAGUCACUCACUCAGAGAAGGACAAGAGGGAGAGAUCGAGAGAAAGAAAGAUUGGAUACGGAGGUCUUAGUGAGCAGUCCAGCGGGGAAGAUUUCAUCCGAAGUCAUUCUCAGACAGAGGCCCAGAGGAAAGGGUCAGGUAUCUCUGCCUGUCCCUUCCUGGCGAUCAGGCGCGGCGAAGAACUCAAGCAGUAGUGAUGAGGAGGAGGAAGUAGAGGUGCAAGUAAGUUUCGAGAUUCACAGUCCUCCAGCUGAAGCACGAGGAGAGCUGGUGUUUCAGGAGAGAGAGAGAACUGAACAUGAGAGGUCAGAGGGAAAUGAGGACCGGGAUCAUACUCAGACAGAAGUGUUGUCAGAGCCUCAAAGGAAGUCUAAACCAGCUGAAACAGGCACCAGGAGCGAUGUGGAAAUUGUGGUGGAUGAUACUGUCAAAUCCUCAGAAAUUAAACAUUCAGACAGCGUUGAGUGCUACCUGGACAGGUGUGAGCAGAAGGAGACAGACUCUGGUGACCAAGCCAAAGGACUGUGCAAUUCAGACAGCUGGGAGAGCAUGUCUUCACAAAGUGGGGUACUCCCUGCUGAUGAUAAACUGAGAGUGAAGCAGAGAGCUUAUGCAAAGUUAAGGGAAAGACAACAAAACUGCAGGGAGGAAAGAGAGCAGAGCGGAGGAGAAAGUGCCAGCUGUUAUGGAGACAUGACUCCAGGCAGAGCAGAUUGUAAAGGUGCACACAGGGCAUUGGACAGCUCAGACUCAGCCAUCCUUGCUCAGGAACUUGAACCCUACUUGAGGUCACUUCUUGUAAUCACUGAUGAGCUUCCUCUGAGCCCAAGACAUGAGCAAGCCAAGCGUCUUCUGGAGCGAGCACGACUCAAGGCUCGCUCCAGUCACAUUAAAGGCGAUCGUCCCUGCAGACGCUCCCAUUCUGAUCAGAGAUCCACUGUAAAGAAGCAGCAAGUGGAGUCUCCCAGUCCAACACCAGUGCAGAAAGCUGUUCAAACCAAAGAAGAUCAAGCAGCUCUAACUAUAUCUGGUCCCCUCCUCACCCCAAACCAAAGAGACACUUCCCCUGGUGACCAAGGUGGUCGAUCCAGACGUUAUGGUUGUUCACCGACACGGGUGCGCUUCGAGGACGAAUCAGAGAAAGAGGCAGAGUCUCGGUACUUGGAUAGAGUGAGGCAGCGUAGCAGGCCGGGGCAGCCUAAGUCCAAGAGUAAAGAAAGUAAUACGGAUUCUAGCAGCAGUGGUUCAGAGAGAAGCAGAAGCCACAGAAGUGUCUCCAUGCCUCCGCCACAGAAACAAGAAGUUGUGGGUGUCAGUGGUGAACCCACAACAGUGAUUAAAGAGAUAAUAGUGCUGGUGAAAAAAUGUGAGUCAUGUGGCUCUGUAGUCAGGGAGCCUCAGCUGGCCUCAACACCGCCAGAGCCAAAGAACACUGAGCCAAAGCAGCCUGAGGAGCCACGGGAAAAAGCGGCUCCUCGCUGGGUGCCUCAUAACAAACCGGAGGCAAGUACUCGUCCUAAAGCUCCUCUAACUGUCACUUUUGCUGGAGCCUAUGUGCUGGGGGAAAAUAAAGAGAGCAGUACAGGGUGGAAAUCAUCAGGGUUUGGGAAACUCAGGAGAAGGAGCAGGAAAGGAGAAAGUCGGCUGGAGUCUGGCCAUGGGCCUUACGGCCCGUCUUGGGCUCAGCGGCGUAAUUCAAAUCCCAGGAACAGGGUCAACUUGAGCAGAGCUGUUUCAUUUGCCCCAGACAGCCCUGUUGCUCUGGAGCCCCGUUUGCUGGAUGGUCUGAGGGAAUCACCUCCCCCGUUGCUCCCUAUAAAGUCAGCCCUAAAGUCAAGCUCAAGAAAUCGCACUGCUGCAGGUCAGAUGACCUCUAAUCAGGGAGGUGAAGGAGGACUGUCUGCCCUCCUAGACUCUCCAGAGGCAAGAAGGGAGUGUGCAGUGGCAUUAACCCAAGGGACCCCUGCAACCAGCAGUCCAGUGCCCUGUAUCAGACCCUCCACCCUGAGGUACUCCCCAGCUCGGCUCACCUCUGACCUGCCAGCUGCUGAGCUCUGGGACGUCACUCCAGAUGGACCAGGUCUGAGUGAGCCUGGUUCUGGUCCUGAGUGUCGCCCCGCUCUCCGUGGCCUGGGGAUGUCCCGGGCCGAGGACCUCAGGGCAGAGCUGUUGAGAGCAGAACAUCUGAAAGCCGAGGCCACAUGGGAGGAAAACGCUGACGGGUCCAGAAAGCUGGAUGGACGGCCAAAGCUCUUCCUGCGUCGCUUCUUUUCCUCCAUCGGUCUCAACAGUGUUGGUAGACUGGUGAAAGGAGGUCGCUCCAGCAGCAUGGAGCAGCUCAGUAUACCCCCGGCCCCCCGAGUCAGCUCUGCUUCCCAAAGCCCCACACGCAGACCUCAGCCCACCAGCCGUAUGCAGAGGACACCCUCACUGCAAACCCUGCACACGGUGCUGCCACUGGCCCAACUGCGCAAAGCCUCAUCUGUGCAGAGUUUAGAGAGAAGAACAGAACGUUCAACAAUACUGGGAGAAGUGCAGAUACCGUACGGUCUGGCGCCAAGCCCUGACAGCCCUCAGCUGGAGCUUCACAGAGCCCUGAGUGUUGAAGACGUACUUGCCUCCAGAAUUGCACGUCCAGUGGGCCGCGUCACUCAGGCUUUCCCUGAUGGGACCCUCCUCCUGGAGCUCGUCAGACCCCCGAAUGGUCCCUUUGGGUUUGUCAUCUCAAGGGGCAAAGGUCGACCAGACACAGGUGUGUAUGUAGAGAAAGUGGGUGAUGGUGGUGGCGAAGGCCCCUACAUAGGUCUCCUUGGCAUCGGUGAUGAAAUUCUGCAGGUGAAUGGAGAGGCAGUGGCUGGACUCAGCCUGGACCAUGUGACACGGCUCAUGACCCGGGAAAGCACUGCUUCUCUUCGGAUCAUGCCGUCCCGACGCAACCAGCGCUGAGUUUGAAGAUAGGCAUGGAACAGAGCCAUUUUAUGGAUCCAUAUUUACCACUGCAAACACUGCUGCACAUGGUAGAUAGUCAGUGUGUAUCUCAGUGCACUUUUACAUGUCAAAAUAGCUACAUGAGAUUUCAGGGUUAGAGGUUCAUUAGUGCAAUAUUGUUAAACAAUAUGAAACUGCAGGGGACUUAAUUACAAUAACAAAUCAAUGAAAUAAAACCAAAUAGCCUACAGUCAGUAAUAAAUAGGACUAGAAACAGAGUAGAUGUUAGAGUUUAUAUUGUGAUACUAAAAAAAAAAGGCAAAGACUAUAAAUUCAAAUCCAGUAAAACUUAUUUCUAUGCAAUGAUUUCAUUGUCAGACUUAGCUGAAUAAUUUCUUUUACAAAGUAUCUGAAUUUUAACCCCAUUUACCUGUUUAAUAAAAACAAUGUGGUGACAGUAUUUGUCACAAUCAACGCUGCUUUUCAAAAUGUGAUUUAUUUUGAGUAGAACCAUAUUUUGUCACAUAUUUAAA